AUGAGUGAUGUUGAGGCUGUCUCCUCCCUGCCAGCUUCCCUGGAUGCCGGACAAAGCGCUUUUGCUGUCAAGGUGAACCACCAGUCUACCUUGGGUCAUCCACCUUCCAAGAGGACCACUCCCCCGGUUGCUCAGGAUGUGGAUGCUCCCGCUAAAGAGGUAGAUCCUGCUGUCGGGGACGGCGAUGGGCCACCGAGCCCCAAGGCUGACUCGGAGGCAGAAACCAUAAUUCAAUCGGGCCGCGAAUCUCUGUCGCCUGAGAAGAGACGGAAGUUCAUAAAACAUGAACCGAAACGACGUGAUGAUGCAAAUGACCAUGCUGAUGCCGCAGAGAGCGAUCUUCCUCCUAAUGAUUUGCAAGUGAGAAAGCGGAAAUCGGCGGACGAUGAUGAUGAUGUGCCCAGUGAACGCGACCGUCCGGUGCGCCCGGCCAGCCCUCAGCGGAGGGCCGGCUCGCCACCUGCCCCCAUAGUUAAGAUUGAGAAGACCGAGGAACCCCAGACGGUACCCAGUCGAGUCGAAUCGUCCCAUCCGAUCACAUCCGCCCCCAGAACGUCAAGGAAGCGCAGCUUCAGCGAGAGUGUCGACGGGGAGGCGGAUGCUCGUCGAAAUGCACGUCAACAUCACUCGGCAGCCCCCCGCGACCGGGAGCGACGAGAGCUGAAUGGGAUUUCUCUCCCUCGCCCAACACCGAACGAUCGAUCUGUCUCACCAGUUCGUUCUCAUAAGCGGACAGCAUCCGGCCCUCAGCUCAGCAGCGAUUUGCAACGAAAGAGGAAGGCACCCACCCCGCUCAUCUCUGGGGUGCCCAGGCAGAGUUCCGAAGACAGACAGUCCGUCUCCUCAUCUACCAGCGGGUCUCCCUUGCCCAGUGCCUAUGUACGGAAGGUUGCGUCUGUGGAUGGUGCUUCGGCGUCUCCCGCACGGCCUAUGGGGCACAAGAAACAGCGAGAUCAAAAUGGCCGGACGCGACUUGCACGUGCCUGUGCCGCCCAGGAGUUGGAGGUAGCCAUGGCUCGACAUGCCGAACGACCGGAGGAUCUCAAUGUUGCUGAUAAUGCGGGAAAUACACCACUACAGAUUGCUGCCCUGGAAGGUUGUGCGUCCAUUGUCAAGUUCUUGCUAGAGGCUGGCUGUGAGGUCGAGACCAGGAACAUCGACAGGGACACGCCGCUGAUAGAUGCUGUUGAGAACGGGCAUCUUGAUGUUGUCAAGCUCUUGCUUCAGGCCGGUGCAAAUCCCCGCGCAGUCAAUGCCGAAGGCGACGAGCCCAGCGAUCUGAUUCCUUCAGACUCGGAGGAGUACGACGAGAUCCGGCGCGUGAUCGAGGAAGCAAAGGCGAACCCACGCCCGAGUCGUCGCUCAGAAGAGCAAACAGGAUCUGGGAAUAGGGAAACGUCCUCCCGUCGGGUUGCGAUCAAUAGUCCACGUGAAUCGCCACCGGUCAGUGGACAACGAAGUCCGCCUUAUGCUGGUAUCACGAGCAAAAGGAAGAGUGUCAGGAGCGAGGCUACUCGGAAUGAUCUACUGUGGACCAAGGCUACACCAGAGAAUCUACAAGCAUUCGCUGCCAAGGGCGAUAUCGCUGGAGUUGCCAACAUUCUUAAUGUCGGGCAAAGGGCGGAUCCUGAGUCUAUGAUCGCCGCAGCCAAAGGUGGUCACGAUGAAGUGUUGUCCCUUCUACUUGGCAUGGGCGAUGCAGAUCCGGAUCCAGAUCCUGUACCGGGCGGCUCUCAAAAGCCGGGAUACAACACCCCUAUGUUGGCAGCGAUUGGCCGAGGCAACCUUCCCGUGAUCAAACUGCUCCUUGCUCAACCAAGUUUCAAUCCGACUCGCCGUCUCCACAAGGACCGUACCUACUUCGAAUUGUCUCGGGAGCGUAGGGCUGAUAAUUGGGAGGAAGAAUACGAUCUUCUGCGUGAUGCAUACGACGACUAUAUCCGGACAAAGAAGCAGCGCAAAGCCGAAUUCUCAUCUCCGCGACGAGUGCGUGAAAGGGAGAAGGAAGGCAAGCGAACCGGCCGCAGAGAAUCACCGUCCCCGGGAGGUCGACCUAGGAAAGCAAUGGCGAGCCCUGGCCGUCGAGAUUCGUCUAAAGAUGCACUUUCGAAGGAGCGCCGGAGAGAGGCUAUGGCUCAUGGAAAGGAAAAAUCCAGUGCACCUCGUCCGAAGGUUGCCCAUGUUGCAGCAGGCGACCAGGACGCGUCGCGUUCGGAACCGGCUCGGUUCAAGGGAUCUUCUGCAAGGGACGGCGAAUCUAGUCGUGGCGAUGAAGCGCCCAAGAGGAGACGCUUAAUUGCUGGACGACCCCCAGACCGUGAUAGGAGAGUCCCUAGUUUACCUCCGUCCGAGUCCAUCUCGGGGAGAGACGAGAAUACCAAGACGCGCCCUGAUCCUUCUGAAUCCGCUACUUCCAGACCUGGACCGCCGCAUUUGAAACGCGGACGCAGCAGUGUUAGUCCCGAUCGACCGCGAUCACGUGAUACCGAUGGCGAACGGCACCCGCGUGAUACCCAGAAGAAGAAACGGCGUGUGCUGUCGGAGGACGGCACACCUAACAUUACCAAUGGAGGUGUGAAGAAGAGCCAUCCAACCUCGGAAGAUCUCAAGACUCCUGCUCGUCAUAAGGAUGACACCCAGGCCAUAGAGCCUAAACGGGAACGAUCGAGAGAACCUGACGUUCCGUCUAGGACAGCAGAGAAGAACCCCGUGAAGGAGGAGCAGGAGAAGGUUGAGACUCAAGGGUUAGAAGAUAUUCCCAUGGAGGACUCAACAAGCACCGCGGAGGCUGAAGCUAAAGCCAAAGCCGAAGCUAAAGCUAAGGCUGAAGUCAAGGCUAAGGCGGAAGCCAAAGCCAAGGCUGAAGCUGAAGCUCAAGCUCAAGCCCAAGCUCAGGCCCAAGCCGAAGCCGAAGCUGAAGCGCGUCGGCAAAAAGAAGCCGAAAAAGCUGCUGCAGAGCGACAGGCAGAAGAAGAACGCUUAGCGGCCGAAGCGGAGAAGGCUCGAGUAGAAGAGGAAGAGCGGGUAGCGCGCGAGGCUCGUAUUGCCCAGGAGAAGGCUGCAGAGGAAGAGCGCAAGCGGAUCGAGGCGGAGCAACGGCGGAUUAAGCAAGCCGAGGACGAGCGCCAGAGGCGCCUCGAACAAGAAAGGCAGCGCCUUGCUAAACUGCGCAGGGAGCAGGAAGAGCAGGAACAACGCCGGCGAGACGCCCUCCCCAGUCGGCUCAGAGCUGCAGCAAAUCUCGUGGGCUCGAAUGAUCCACUGGCGAAGAGUCAUGCAUGGCUCAAGAAAUUCAUGCCAGUGGUGACUGCUGAAACGAAGCAGCUUGAUCCAUCCUGCGGGCCGACGGUGGCUGAGGAAAAAUGGGUUCCGAAUUACCUCGUCGCACCAUUGCUGGCGACGAACGAUCUUCAGUUAUCUCAAUAUGCCACAUGGGAGAAGCGCAAUGCGACACCUACGCAACGCAUGAACUUGUGGCGUGUCACACGAAGGAUGCUGGUUCAAGCGGAAGAGACGGAGUUUCUUAGCUCGUCCUUCGAACAGAUCAUGCAAAAAGACUGCGAAGCACGACCCAAAUACUUCGAGAUGGAACAUGUAUUUUGGGUUAAGCUGUCUGAUUUCAUGGAUCUCGUUCCCCACAUACCGCACCUUCAUGGGUUGGACAUACAGUUUCUGAAGAUGCACAUUGAUCAGGAACCCAAGCCGCAGCCCGUGCUUGAGCUGCCGCAGGCUAAUGGACAUAUAUCUGGGACGCCGAUCGAGGAGGCGCCCGGGCUUUUGGGAGGAAAUGGGUUGACUAACGGCUAUGGACACAGCCGGCCUAGUGAAAUUCUUGAUUCGGACGGAGAAGAGACCCAAUCCAACCCCGUUGUCGCCGCCGAUGAGGUCGAGGUUUCGGCCGACGCUGGCGCCGGUGGCCAGAUGUCCGUCCUGGAUGCCCUGAAGGGAGUUCUCCGUAUCUCUCUCAUCCACGACGGACUUGCCCGUGGUCUGCGCGAGGCCGCUAAGGCCCUGGACCGUCGUCAGGCUCACAUGUGUGUCCUGAACGAGGGCUGCGAGGAGGAGGCCUACAAGAAGCUUGUUGUGGCUCUCUGCUCCGAGCACAAGAUCCCCCUGAUCAAGGUCCCUGAUGGAAAGAUGCUUGGCGAGUGGGUUGGUCUUUGCCAGCUCGACCGUGAGGGCAACGCCCGCAAGGUCGUCAACUGCUCUUGCGUCGUCGUUAAGGACUGGGGUGAGGAGUCUCAGGAGCGCUCUGUCCUCCUUAACUACUUCCAGACUGAGCAGUAA